GCGGGGGCUCUGGGAGUAGCCGCUUGGGAGACACUCCGCCAGGCCGUCCCACCGAGGGCCUCAUUUACAUUAUGCAAAAGCCCCACUCUGGCCUCCUCCAGAGAGAAAAUCAGAUCUCCUGCCCUGAGACCGCGGCCACCUCUCCGGAAAUCCACCUGGGAUUUUUUUCUCCUGCAGAAAAAGCUCCAGGUUUGGUGGUUUAAACAAAACCGAUCCUAUUUGCAUACCCUCUGUUUGCAUGCGUUUGUCUUUGGGCUGAAGCCGAACUCAACGAUGAUGCACUCAGAAUUUCAGUAUCAGAAAACUGAGGGCUUGGGGGAGAUCAACUCAAAGCCACCAGGUCUCAUUCGGUAAACUGAGGCCCAGGUAAAAGGUUCUAAAACCCACAACUCCCUGAUAGCAACCCUCCACACCCUGUCCCUCAGGGCCCCCAGAGAAGCUGUGUCCCUGCCUUCCUCUGACCCCCAGAAAUACCAGGGCUCCCUUCCUGAGCCAGGUGAAGCCACAGGCACCAGAGCAAAGACAGAACCCACAACCGUCCAGAGGAAGGGUCAGUGGGUUCUGCCUGGUUUGCAUCUGUGCCUUCACCCUGCCCAGUUCCUGAGUAGGACCGCAGGCCCGGAAGGCCAAGGCAAACAGCCCAGUUCCUCCUACUGGGCUCCAGUCCCACCCCUUUCAUAGGCGUGAAGUUGGGAAGCAUCUGGGCAGCUGCCAUCUAUUCUAUUUAAGCAGCCCAACCUGGUCAGAGGGCACUGCCUGGCCAUGCCGGGCACAGGCCUGUCUGGCCAGCAUGUUACUCCAGGCAGCUCACCUGGUCAGCCUACAGCUGUCCCUUUCCUGCUCCUGGGCUUUCAGCUGCCACAGCACGGAGUCCUCUCCGGACUUCAGCCUGCCUGGGGAUUACCUCCUUGCAGGCCUGUUCCCUCUCCACGAUGACUGUCUGGAGGCGAGACAAAGACCCGUGGUGACCCUCUGUGACAGGUCCCACAGUUUCAACAGCCACAGCUACCACCUCUUCCAGGCCAUGCGGUUCGCCACUGAGGAAAUAAACAACUCCACGGCCCUGCUGCCCAAUGUCACCCUGGGGUACCAGCUGUAUGACGUGUGCUCGGAGUCAGCCAAUGUGUAUGCCACACUGAGCAUACUCAGCAUGCCAGGGACACACGGCAUAGAGAUCCAAGGAGACCCUUUCCACUAUUCCCCCACAGCCGUGGCCAUGAUUGGGCCUGACAACACCGACCAUGCCACCACCGCCGCUGGCCUAUUGAGCCCUUUCCUGGUGCCCCUGAUCAGCUACAAGGCAAGCAGCGUGACGCUCGGUGUGAAGCGGCAAUACCCCUCUUUUCUGCGCACCAUCCCCAGUGAUAAGUACCAGGUGGAGACCAUGGUGCUGCUACUGCAGAGGUUCGGGUGGGUCUGGAUCUCGCUGGUGGGCAGUGACGGCGCGUACGGGCAGCUGGCGGUGCAGGCGCUGGAGACCCAGGCUACCCAGCAGGGCAUCUGCAUUGCCUUUAAGGGCAUCGUGCCCUCUUCUGCACAGCCGGGUGAUGAGAGUAUGAGGAACAUGACGAGAGACCUGGCCCAGGCAAAGACCACCGUCGUGGUCGUCUUUGCCAGCAGGCAGCUGGCCAGGGUGUUCUUUGAGUCUGUGGUGCUGGCCAACCUGACUGGCAAGGUGUGGAUCGCCUCAGAAGACUGGGCCAUCUCCACACACCUAAGCAGCGUGCCCGGGAUCUGGGGCAUUGGCACAGUGCUGGGUGUGGCCAUCCAGCAGAAGAUUGUCCCUGGUCUGAAGGAGUUUGAGGAGGCCUAUGUCCGGGCAGACAAAGGGGUCUGGGGUUCUUGCCCCAGCGGCUCCGGGUGCAGCAGCAACCAGCUCUGCAGAGAGUGCCAGGCUUUCACGGCACAGGAGAUGCCCAGACUUGGAGCGUUCUCCAUGAGCUCCUCCUACAACGUAUACCAGGCUGUCUACGCCGUGGCUCAUGGCCUCCACCAGCUCCUGGGCUGUGCCUCGGGAGCCUGUUCCAGGGGCCAAGUCUACCCCUGGCAGCUUCUGGAGCAGAUCCGCAAGGUGAAUUUCCUUCUACAUGAGGACACUGUGACGUUUGAUGACAACGGGGACCCCCUCAGUGGCUAUGACAUAAUUGCCUGGGACUGGAGUGGCCCCGAGUGGACCUUCCAGGUCAUUGGCUCCUCCACGUGGUCUCCAGUUUGGCUGGACAUAAAUAAGACCAAAAUCCAGUGGCAUGGAAAGGACAACCAGGUACCUACAUCUGUGUGCUCCAGCGACUGCCUUGAAGGGCACGCACGAGUGAUUGUGGGUGGCCACCACUGUUGCUUCAAGUGUGUGCCCUGUGAGGCUGGGACCUUCCUCAACAAGAGUGACCCCCACAGAUGCCACCCUUGUGGGAAAGAAGAGUGGGCACCGAAGAGAAGCCAGACUUGCUUCCCACGCACUGUGGUGUUUUUGACUUGGCAUGAGCCUGUCUCUUGGGUACUGUUGGCAGCUAAUACGCUGCUGCUGGUGGUGGUGGUUGGGACUGCUGGCCUGUUUGCCUGGCAUCUAGACACCCCUGUGGUGAGGUCGGCUGGGGGCAAGCUGUGCUUCCUCAUGCUGAGCUCCCUGGCAGGGGGCAGCUGCGGCCUCUAUGGCUUCUUUGGUGAGCCCACGCUACCCAUGUGCUUGCUACGCCAGGCCCUCUCUUCUCUCGGUCUUGCCAUCUUCCUGUCCUGCCUGACAAUCCGCUCCUUCCAACUGGUCUUCAUCUUCAAGUUUUCUGCCAAGCAACCCACGUUUUACCGUGCCUGGGUCCAGCACCGUGGUGCUGGCCUGUUUGUGGUGAUCAGCUCAACGGCCCAGCUGCUUAUCUGCCUAACCUGGCUUGUGGUGUGGACCCCACUGCCCACCAGGGAAUACCAGCACGGCCCUCAGCUGGUGGUGCUUGACUGCGCAGGGGCCAAGUCACUAGGCUUCACGCUGACUUUCCUCUACAAUAGCCUCCUCUCGGUCAGCACCUUUGCUUGCAGCUACCUAGGCAAGGACCUGCCAGAGAACUACAACGAGGCCAAAUGUGUCACCUUCAGCCUGCUCCUCAACUUCGUGUCCUGGAUCGCCUUCUUCACCACGGCCAGCGUCUACCAGGGCAAGUACCUGCCGGCGGUCAACAUGCUGGCCGCGCUGAGCUGCCUGAGCAGCGGCUUCAGCGGUUAUUUCCUGCCCAAGUGCUAUGUGAUCCUCUGCCGCCCAGAACUCAACAGCACGGAGUACUUCCAGGCCUCCAUCCAGGACUACACCAGGCGCUGCGGCUCCACCUGAACCGCGGGGUCGGGCAGGGCUCAGCCGGGGCGGGGUGCACUGGAAGCCUCCCCUGCCCUGCGGGUCGAAAGUGGAGCGGGGCGCGCAGGGUCUGGGGUGUCCGAGAGGUCUCUGAGCUCCUCAGUUUCGGCUGGGGAAGAGUAAGCCCACGGGAGAGCACAGGCCGGGCUCUGGGCUGCCAAUAAAGAGGUGA